UGCAGCUCAGCUGAUGCAGUUAUUUAAGUUCCGCGUGCUUGUACUUUUUCAUUCAGGGCAGUAUAUUUUGUAAAUUCCUGAUUAAAGCAUGCUAAAAAAUGUUGUGCAAUGGCGAACAGCCAAAUUGCUGUUGAAUGGAGCCACUCGAAGUAGAGCGAGGCGCUGCCUGUGCGCCCCAUUCACAACAAAAGCCAACGAAAAUGCCGCCUUGAGAGAAUCUGAGCUGGAGCCGGUCAGUAAGAAAUAUGUGAACCCCUUCGCACAAUCUACGCCUACAGCCCUGUCAGAAAAUAUAAUAACAGAGACAGCAGAACAGCGCGACAAGAGGCUUAAGGUAUUGCAGCUGGAGGCAGACAUAGCGCACCAGGAGGGACGCCGUGUGCCGGGCUUAGAAUUCUUCAAGGAUCAUCACUGGGCUCAUAUACUGACCCUGCCAACCAAAUCGGCACGCAUCAAGUACUAUGCGUUUCUCUGGCAAAUCGAAAUGAAGAAGGCAUCAGAGAAACGCAAGAAGGAGCAGCGUGCCGAAGACACAGAACGCCGUUUGGCUGACCUGCGCAAGGAGCGUGAGGAAAACACACACAUAAUCUAUGGACUGGGCCAUACGUCCAUGUUUCUGCGGAUCUACGACACAACUAUCAAUCACUGGCAGAACAAUCGCUUGACACGGGCCAUGCAGUUCGCUCCGAAAAUGGUACUGGACUGCUCCUACGAUUCGUACAUGAACAAUCGAGAAUGCUCGAAUGCUGCCAAGCAACUGAUGCUCAGCUUUGCAGAGAAUCGCGCGAAUGACGAACCCUUUGAUCUGCACUUUUGCAAUGCUAACUUAGAGGGCAAAUGCAUGCAGGGCCUUCAGCGUUUCAUACCUACAAUGCUUAAUCCAGAGUUUCCCAUGAAUGUGCAUACCAAGUGCUUCACAGAGCUGUUUCCCAAAAAUCAGCUGGUUUACCUAACGCCCCAUUGUCGCGAGGAUCUGGUCACCUACAAUCCGGAUGAUAUUUACAUAAUCGGAGCCAUGGUGGACACUGUGAACAAUGAGCCGCUUUCGCUGGCGAAGGCCAAACGCUUGGGUUUGCGCAUGGCACGCUUGCCUUUAGACCGAUACCUCCAAUGGGGAUCCGGGUCGGGCAAAUCGCUUACCCUCAAUCAAAUGAUAAAUAUUAUGCUGGAUCUGAAGAAAACCGGAGACUGGGAUACGGCACUGCAGCAUGUGCCACGGCGCAAGGUCAUUGAUCUGGGCGCAGAGCAAUACGAACGUCGCCAGACAUUGAAUAAACGUGCCAACCAGCUCAACGUUCGCAUCGAUCAUUUGUUCAAGUAUGAUGAUAAUCGCAAUGAAUCUACGAGCUUUGGCACGCCUCAAAAACUGCGCCAACACAAGGAAGGAUUGGAAUUCAAUUUAGAUAAUUGGGCGUCAGGCAAAGGGAAAACCACAAAAAGGAAAUAGUUUGAUGACGGAGCUUAGACGUACGUAAGUAAGCAACAAAACAUGCCUGAAGUAUGUGUGUCUAUGUAUGUGUGUGUGUGUGUGUUUGUUGUCGUGUGGAAAGCUGAAUUGAUGAAUUGUUAAACUGUGGAAACGCAGCGCUUACCUCGGCACAGAUUUUAGCAAAGUUUUCACAUUUGGACUAUUCGAUGGGUGAAAUUGCAAUUGCAUGUGCAAUUUAUUGAUUGCCUUUAAUUCAAUUAAAUGACGCGAUUAAAUUGAUUAAAAACGUUGCUGGGCAACAUGUGGCAUACGCCACACACACUAUCGCUA